AAAGACGAGCGCUCUGGCUCAAGCAGGAUCUAAAGUCAUGGCGUUGAUUAGCCGAAGUUGUGUUGCUGCGGGUCGAUAUUCGUCUAAUCAUUUGUUUUUACAGUCAAAAUGUUUUGAAGUGUCACAUGUUUACUCUAACAGACUGACCACUGCUACCAACACAUCGUCCACACUUGCAGAGAAGAAGAAAGAGAUUAAGGAGGAUGGGCUCAACCUGCAGGACUUUAUAUCUGGAGAGCUGUCAGAAAAGAGCAAGUGGGAAGAAUACAGGGGCAACCUUAAGAGACAUAAGGGAGAAAGACUAAGGCUACCGCCAUGGCUUAAGACGGAGAUCCCUAUAGGAAAGAACUACAACAAACUGAAAAACACGCUCCGAGAACUAAACUUGCACACUGUCUGCGAGGAGGCCAGAUGUCCUAAUAUUGGGGAAUGCUGGGGUGGAGGAGAGUAUGCUACUGCCACAGCAACUAUUAUGUUAAUGGGUGACACAUGUACACGGGGCUGUAGGUUUUGUUCAGUUAAAACAGCAAGACGUCCUCCCCCUCUUGACCCGGAUGAGCCAUAUAACACAGCAAAGGCCAUCGCAGCAUGGGGACUGGACUAUGUAGUGCUCACAUCAGUAGACAGAGAUGAUAUUCCUGACGGUGGUGCUGAGCACAUUGCAGACACUGUGUUAAACCUUAAGGAGAGGAACUCUAAUAUCCUGGUAGAGUGUUUGACUCCUGAUUUUCGUGGUGAUCUGGCAGCAGUGGAGAAAGUUGCUUUGUCUGGGCUUGAUGUUUAUGCUCACAAUGUAGAGACGGUUAGAGAGUUGCAGAGGUUUGUACGUGAUCCCCGUGCAAAUAUUAACCAAUCAUUGAGCGUAUUACGACAUGCCAAAAAGGUGAAACCCAGUGUGCUCACCAAGACUUCCAUUAUGCUUGGACUUGGAGAGACGGAUCAACAGAUACAUGCCACAUUGAAAGAAUUGAGGGAUUCAGGAGUGGACUGUUUAACACUGGGACAGUACAUGCAGCCAACCAAACGCCAUCUUAAGGUGGAAGAAUAUGUUACUCCGGAGAAGUUUGCAUACUGGGAGAAAGUUGGUCAGGAGAUGGGCUUCGUCUACACAGCCAGCGGGCCACUUGUGCGUUCCUCUUACAAAGCAGGAGAGUUCUUCUUGAAGAACCUACUGGAAAAGAGGAAGAGUGAGGAGAUGGCAGCAGAGUAAUUCAUAGUGUUAACUCUGUAAAAUUCAAAAUAAAUCCCUUUUUGUUGACAGUAACAUAAUAUAAACUUCAUAAACAUUGAAUCAUUGAACAUUCAUUUUUUUCUUUACGGCACAAUAAAAUGCUUGAGAGACUUAAGAGUUGAAUGCACAUCAAUGUUCCAAACAAUGUCUUAAUGCAGAUAUUAAACACCUUACAUUAACUGUUAUUAGAUUAUUUUAGAAGAUAUUGUUUAAAUAAAUGCUUGAAUGUUUUAG